GGGCCGCCGUCCGGCCGGCAGAGCCCCGCCAAGGCCGAGACCGAGACCGAGCCCGGCUCUGAGCCCGCGGCCGAGCCCAAGUCCGAGCCGCCGGCCGAGGCCGAGCCCGGCGCGGCGCAGGAGAACGGGGAGGCCGCGCCCGCCGCCCCGGCCGAGCCCGAGGAUGAGAUUUCCUUCAGCGACCCCGAGGACUUCGUGGACGACAUCAGCGACGAAGAACUGCUUGGUGACAUCCUGAAAGAUCAGCCACAGGAGGCAGAUGGAAUAGACUCAGUGAUUGUCGUGGAUAACGUGCCCCAGGUUGGACCAGACCGGCUGGAGAAACUGAAGAAUGUCAUCCACAAAAUAUUUUCCAAAUUUGGCAAAAUUAUCAAUGAAUUUUAUCCAGAAGCAGAUGGAAAAACAAAGGGGUACAUCUUCCUGGAGUACAUGUCUCCUUCCCAUGCUGUGGAUGCUGUGAAGAAUGCAGAUGGAUACAAACUGGAUAAGCAGCACACUUUCAGAGUCAACCUCUUCACAGACUUUGAUAAGUACAUGACAAUCAGUGAUGAGUGGGAAAUCCCUGAGAAACAGCCAUUUAAGGAUUUGGGGAAUCUCCGAUACUGGUUGGAAGACCCUGAUUGUAGGGAUCAGUACAGUGUGAUCUUUGAGUCAGGAGACCGGACAUCCAUUUUUUGGAAUGACAUCAAGGAACCUGUUCAAAUUGAGGACAGAGCAAGGUGGACAGAGACCUAUGUCCGUUGGUCUCCCAAAGGCACCUACCUGGCUACGUUCCACCAGAGGGGCAUCGCUCUGUGGGGUGGAGAGAAGUUCAAGCAGAUUCAAAGGUUUAGUCACCAAGGAGUGCAGCUUAUUGACUUCUCACCCUGUGAAAGGUAUUUAGUGACCUUCAGCCCUCUGAUGGACACACAGGAUGACCCUCAGGCUAUCAUCAUCUGGGAUAUUCUGACUGGCCAAAAGAAGAGAGGGUUCCACUGUGAAAACUCAGCUCACUGGCCUAUUUUUAAAUGGAGUCAUGAUGGUAAAUUCUUUGCUCGAAUGACUUCAGAUACCCUCAGCAUCUAUGAAACACCUUCUAUGGGUUUGUUGGACAAAAAGAGCUUGAAAAUCAAUGGAAUAAGAGACUUCUCGUGGUCUCCAGGUGGUAACAUAAUUGCUUUCUGGGUGCCUGAGGACAAAGACAUCCCAGCAAGAGUGACUUUGAUGCAGCUGCCUUCCAGACAAGAAAUUCGUGUGCGGAAUUUGUUCAACGUGGUAGAUUGUAAACUGCACUGGCAGAAGAACGGGGACUACCUGUGUGUGAAGGUAGACAGGACUCCCAAAGGCACACAGGGAGUAGUGACCAACUUUGAAAUAUUCCGCAUGAGAGAGAAACAGGUGCCAGUGGAUGUGGUGGAAAUGAAAGAAAGCAUCAUAGCCUUUGCUUGGGAACCAAAUGGAAGCAAAUUUGCUGUGUUGCAUGGAGAAACUCCACGAAUUUCAGUUUCCUUUUACCAUGUUAAAAACAACGGGAAAAUAGAACUCAUAAAAACAUUUGACAAACAGCAGGCAAACACGAUAUUCUGGAGUCCCCAGGGACAGUUUGUAGUAUUGGCUGGCCUCAGAAGCAUGAAUGGUGCCUUAGCGUUUGUUGACACGUCUGACUGCACCAUGAUGAACAUCGCGGAGCACUACACGGCCUCGGAUGUGGAGUGGGACCCCACGGGCAGAUACAUUGUCACCUCUGUGUCUUGGUGGAGCCACAAGGUGGACAAUGCAUAUUGGUUAUGGACCUUCCAAGGCCGUCUGCUUCAGAAAAACAACAAAGACAGGUUCUGUCAGCUGCUCUGGAGACCACGACCAGCUACCCUGCUCAGUGAGGAUCAGAUAAAGCAAAUUAAGAAGGAUCUGAAGAAAUACUCCAAGAUAUUUGAGCAGAAGGAUCGCCUGAGCCAGUCCAAAGCUUCAAAGGAGCUGGUGGAGCGGCGGCGCACGAUGAUGGAGGAGUUCCGCAAGUACCGCAAGAUGGCACAAGAGCUGUACAUGGAGCAGCGCAACGAGCGCCUGGAGCUGCGCGGGGGGGUAGACACAGAUGAGCUGGACAGCAAUGUCGAUGACUGGGAGGAGGAGACUGUGGAAUUUUUUAUCAAUGAAGAAAUUAUUACUCUUGCAGAACCAGAGUAAUUAAUAAAACUGUGCUCCACCAGAUCUUGUGCUGAAAAGAAGUUUGUUUUCCAAAAGCCUAUAUCAACUUUGGAAUUCUUAAUCCAUAUUCUUGCACUCUGGAAGGGUGGAUGCACCAGAUUUUCUCCAUUCUGACACAUUGUAGUGCCUUUAAGUCUUGCUGCCUGCUGCAGUGAGAUACUGGAAAGGCGCUGCUUUUAAAUUUAUAUUUUUUUUUUUUCUAGGAUUUGAUUAUAUUUUUUUUUCUUUUUAAAUCCACUACUACCAGUAUUUACCUCCCGACUCCUGUGCAGUCCUUGCCAGCUGGCAAUUUUUGCCUCUUGCCAGUGAGGUGAGAUUCACCAGUGCACCCGUCUCACACACACAAUGUUUGGGUUCCAGGAUUCUCUCUGUGUCCCCAGGGCAUGGACAGGUGUUCGUUGGGGUUGGGGAAAAGUCACCAGAACCAUUUCUCGUAUGAUGUGUUUUAGUGUGCUGAAGCAGCACUACAGCGGGCUAUACCCUCCUCCUUUCAGAUUGUGAAAGGAUGUCUCCCUCAAAGAGCUGAAUAUGGAAAUAAAAGCAGACCUAUACUAAAA